UAUAUAAACGGAAUUUAGAUUUGGCGCAUGCUCAGUUAGGAUUUGGGAGAAAGAUCAUUUCAUUUUACACGAACAGAAGAUCCGACAUUUUCUUACAUCUCAGAACAAAACACACCUCAGGCCAUGGCUUUAAAACGAAUUCAAAAGGAAUUAACUGAUUUAGGUAGAGAUCCACCUGCACAAUGUUCGGCAGGACCAGUAGGAGAUGAUCUUUUUCAUUGGCAAGCAACAAUUAUGGGUCCUGUGGAGAGUCCAUUUCAAGGGGGUGUAUUUUUUCUCACAAUACAUUUUCCAACAGAUUAUCCUUUCAAACCACCAAAGGUUGCAUUCACAACCAGAAUAUACCACCCGAACAUAAACAGUAAUGGUAGUAUCUGCCUUGAUAUACUCCGAAGUCAAUGGUCACCAGCACUAACUAUUUCAAAAGUUCUGCUUUCCAUUUGUUCCCUAUUAACAGACCCAAAUCCCGACGAUCCACUUGUUCCAGAAAUAGCCAGAAUCUACAAAACAGACAGGUGUAAAUACACUUCAAUGGCUCGAGAAUGGACAGUAAAAUAUGCAAUGUGACCAUAAACGUUAUUAUUAUAAAACAAAAAAAAAAAAAUGAAGCCCAGAAAAAAUUCUUUCUUAAUCUUAGAAUUUUUAUAGUAUGUAAGCAUUGGCUCCAUUUCUUCUUGUUCUUAUUAAGUAACUUUUGAUAUUUAAGUUAUUCAUUUUAAUCUAAACUCUUAAACAAGUGAGGUGUACUGGGGACAAAAACAGAACUAUUUUAUGUGAAAAAUGAUGAUAUUUGUACCAUAUUUGAAAAAAAUAACCCAUCUAACCCUCCUUUCUGUAAAACUAUUUUAAAUAAUUGAUAUAUGUCAAGUAGGCAACUUCGUAGCAACACUUAAAACCCUUUGUUUUAAGCCAUGUGUCUAUUAACCAAUCAAAACAAUAUGUUAGUCGACCAAUCGAAAUAAGAGGUAUACAAAAAUUCUUUGAUUUCGAAUUCCAACGGUAGGAUUGUUUCUGGGCUUGAGAAGGAAGUUUUUUUUCUAUUGUCAUUCAACCAUCAGUGUCAAAUGACAACUGUGUUAAAUAUUCUUAAUAAAUGCCAUUGUAGAAUGAUUUGUUUGUCAAUCAAUAGUAUCAUUUUUUCAUUUUAAGGAAUAAAAAGAACACCGUGAAUUGAUGAUAUGAACGUUACAUGUUUCUGUAAUUGAUCUAUAGAUAUUUAAUUUUCAAUUUCAAAUUUCAAAUUAAAUGAUAAUUUGAAAAUGUAAAUAUUUUUUCUGUGCUGUAAAUGAAUUUCGAUUCGUUUAUAUUUCUGUGUAUUAUUUGGAUCUAUUUUAAAUAUAUUAAGUGCUGCUACCAGAUCUAGAAGGUAAAUAUUAGGUAAAAGUGUAUGAAAAGCGUGUAUUAAUUAAUAAUCAACCUCUUGUUUAAUUGAUCACUUAUUUUAUAAUCAUCUUUCUAAAUGACGUAGUUCGGUCAGAUUAUUGGAAUUUUUUUUUACAUGCCAUGGGUGUCUGUAUUCGUUCAAAGGUCUCGUUCAUUAGUAUUUGCCAAUCUUUCUAGAAAACGACCAUCUGGAGAACUUACCUGUUAGUCACUUUACAUGCCAUGAAAUUCAAUAUCAAAGAAUUUAGCCUUUAUAGUUCUAUAUGAGAUGUAUAAAACCAAUUUGGGAUAAUGCAAAAAAAGUAAUAAAUAAUCUGUUGAUGUAAGAGAAUCAAAAUCCAGUAAAUUUUAGUUUGUCACCCAUGGCAGCCAUUGGCAGGUGUUUUAGAUAACGAUUGAGACAGGUGUACUAGAUAACAAUUGAGACAGGUACUAGAUAACGAUUGAGACAAGCCUACAGUAAAAAAAAAACUAAACAAGAAAAUCAAAAUGCAUUUUUAAUAAAUAAA